CCUUUGGACCGGAGGUCAGCACAGCCAUGGCGCCCCGCACCGUCCUCGUCACCGGCUGCUCCUCCGGCAUCGGCCUCGCCGUCGCCGUCAAGUUGGCGCAGGACCCCCAGCAGCGCUUCCAGGUCAUCGCCACCAUGCGGGACCUGCGGAAGAAGGAGAAAUUGGAGGAGGCGGCAGGAUCGGCGCUGGGAAAGACGCUGAGCAUCCAACGCCUGGACGUCUGCAGCGAUAGCUCGGUGGCAGAGUGCAUGGAGAGCAUCCCCGGGGGACGGGUGGACGUGCUGGUGAAUAAUGCCGGCGUGGGGCACGUGGGUCCCGUGGAGAGUAUCAGCGUGGAGGAAAUGAAGCGCAUCUUCGAGACCAACUUCUUCGGGGCCGUGAGGAUGAUCAAGGCCGUUCUUCCCGACAUGAAGCGGCGGCAGAGCGGUCACAUCGUGGUCAUCAGCAGCGUCAUGGGGCUGCAGGGGAUCGUCUUCAACGAUGUCUAUGCCGCCUCCAAGUUCGCCGUGGAGGGAUUCUGUGAAAGCCUGGCCGUGCAGCUGCUGCAGUUCAACGUCUUCGUCUCCAUGGUGGAGCCGGGCCCCGUGAACACAGAUUUUGAGCUGAAGCUGAUGGAGGAGGUUUCACGUUCCGAGUUCCCCGGCACCGAUCCGGCUACGGUGCGGUACUUCAAGGACGUGUACCUGCCGGCUUCCCACGAGAUCUUCACCACGCUGGGGCAGAGCCCCGCCGCCGUGGCCGAGGCAAUCGUGAACGUGAUCGGAGCCAGGCGUCCGGCUUUCCGCACACAAACCAACCGCCUCUACACGCCGUUGGUGGCCCUCAAGUAUGCGGAUCCCUCGGGAGACCUGUCCGUGAGGACCUACUACCGCCUGCUCUUCAACUACGGCACCCUCUUCCACCUCAGCAUGGGUGCUCUGCGGUGCCUCACCUGCGGCUGCUUCCGACGAAGUAGCCGGAGCGGGCGGGAGGAUGCACGCCGGAAGUGCCCGUGGCCGCAUGGUGACGGCGGCGGCGAGAUGGGGCGGCCGAGCAAAAGCAAGAACCAGAAGAAGGAGCGGGCGGCGGCGCUGCAACACGCCCAGCAGGAAUUCGGUACCGUCCCCCACUCCUUCGUCUUCCACCGCGGGCGCGUCGGUAAGAACGUGCGGCAGCUCAUCGCCGACGUGAGGAAGGUGAUGGAGCCGUACACGGCCAGGGCCCUCACGGUGCGGAAGAACAAUUCCCUGAAGGAUUUCGUGGCCGUGGCCGGGCCCCUGGGGGUGACGCAUUUCUUGGUCUUCAGUAAAUCAUCAUCCAGCAUCAAUUUUAAACUUUUCCGGCUGCCCGGCGGCCCGACGCUGACAUUCAAGGUGAUGCAGUACUCGCUGAUCAAGGACGUGGUCUCGUCCCUCAAGCGGCACCGCAUGCACGAGCAGCAGUUCACCCACCACCCGCUGCUGGUCCUCAGUAAUUUCGGUCUCCAGCAGAUCCAGGUCAAGCUGAUGGCCAGCAUGUUCCAGAACAUGUUCCCCUCCAUCAACGUCCACAGGGUCAACCUCAACAACAUCAAGAGGUGUUUGCUCAUCACCUACAACACAGAGACGCAGCUCCUCGAUUUCAGGCAUUACAGCGUGAAGGUCGUGCCCGUGGGCGUGAGCAAAGGCCUGAAGAAACUGCUGCAGGAGAAGUUCCCGAACAUGAGCCGCUUCGAAGACAUCAGCGAGCUGUUGGUGAAAGACAUAAACCUGUCGGAGAGCGAGGCCGAGCAGGACGGGACCCACAACGUCUUGGAGCUGCCGCAGGCGUACGCAGGCCGAGGCAACAUGAAAGCGCAGCAGAGCGCCGUACGCCUCACCGAGAUUGGACCGCGCAUGACUCUGCAGCUCAUCAAGGUGGAGGAGGGCCUGGCGCAGGGCAACGUGCUCUACCACGGCCUCAUCCACAAGAUGGAGGCGGAGGUGAAGGAGAUCCUAGCGCGGAAGGAGGCGAAGCUUCGGUUGAAAGCAGAGCGGCGGCAGAAGCAGGAGGCCAACGUGGAGCGCAAACGGCGGCAGCGCGAGGCUCACAGGGAGAAAAGCCUGGCGGGGAUCCGGCGGAAACGGCAGCAGGACGGCGAUAGCGACGCUGAGGAUCCCGGGGCACCAGAGCAGCAGGAUGUGGCCGAGCAGUCGGAGGAGAGCGAUGCUGAGUAUUACCGGCAGGAGGUGGGCGAGGAGCCGGACAGAGAUCUCUUCCCCGACCGCACCAAGAGGAAGCGAAGCUCCUCAGGCGCUGCCCCGCUACGGAAACGCCAACGGCAAAGCCGGCCGGAGCAUCCCGCCGCCCCCAGCCCUCGCCCCACGCCGCCGGGGAAGCGGCGGAAGGGAGACCUGGCGGCGAGGGACUCACGGCACCGUGACGGGGCCAGGAAGGGGGGGACUGGCCGAAAGCAGCGCCGAGGAACCAAGCGCCCACCCCGGGAGGGGGCUGGUCCUGGUUCCUCGAGGCCGAAGGGGCGAGGGAAGCUGCUGACGAAGGGGAAGAUGAUUUUCCGACAGCCCCGACGUACCACGAAGGGGAAGCGCUGAAGCACCAGGCGUCGGCCACGCGCCGAGACUGUGGGGGGAAGAGGAAGUGGUCGUCACCCCCCCUCCCCCCUCUUCCUGUGCAAUAAUACACUGCUGGAACGAG